AUUAGUGUAGAUGUGAAAUGUACUAAACAGGGUAAGAUCAAUUACCCUGUUAGUGUUACCAUUUCCUUCGUCUAUCGUUUUCUCUCUCCAUAACUGUUUCCGACACUUUUGGAUGCCAACAAGUGUUCAUCUCCAUUUUCUCUCUACUGUAACAACCCAGAAUCGUAAAUCUUAAAUAAAAAAUGGGAAAGCUACUAUGCGACAGCGCCACCAAUUCUAUAACGGAAAAGUUACCACAACCGUUGGUUACCUGGAGGGAUCCAUCAACCACAAUCGUUGAUUCGGUUCCAUCAACAUCAUGGGAUGAAGUGCCAGGUUUAGAAGACCAACAGAGAAGAAAUCUUUCGAAGUUGUAUGAUAACGGGAUUCUGUGGACGCAUCCACAGGAUCGUUCCGUAUCACCCGUUGUUUUACAGUUAAUUCACGGUGGUAAUGUCAACUCUGACGGAAAUUGUUUAUUCUCGGCGCUUGAGAAAUUGACGCAUUGUGGUGGAGCUAGAGAUUUGAGGAGUAGAGCGGUGAAAAAAUUUGAACAAGAUUUAGGAUUAGCGGAAAAUGUACAGAAACAAAGAGUUGAAUCAGUGAUUAAGAAUUUGUAUUCUCCCGAUUUGGAUUCUGGAUGGGGUGUUCAUAUUGUUCAAGAAAUUAAAUUGUUGGCUAAGAAAUCUGAUCGUCAGAUCAUAGAUGAUGCUAUUCUUUAUUAUGCUAAUCGUGGCAUAAUUAGAGAAAUUGCAGCGGAGACUAUUUAUAAAGAAUGCUGUAUUGCUGUGGAUGAUGGCCCGAGUUGGGCGAAGUACAUGUCUAUCUCUGGUUCCCCGGACCAUGAUGAGUAUGAUAUCAUCACAUUGCAAUAUACUAAGGAUGGUUUGUUAACUAUUAAUGAAAAUAGAGAUGGUCGCGCUGCUGCCUUUGGGGACGACAUUGCCAUUGAGUGUCUUGCAAAUGAGUUCAAACGAGAGAUUUAUGUGGUGCAAGCACAUGGAUCAGACGCAGACAACUGUAUUUUUUUCCUCCCUCACCGUCCAAGGGGUGAAAUAACUGGACUCCCGCUCUUCCUCUUCAUGAAAGGGACAGGUUGGUGUAGUGCUGGAGCUGAUCAUUACGAGCCCUUGAUUGCACAUUCCUCUUCCGUCCUCUCUCCGGAGAAGGUUGCUUUUGUACUAUGAGAACUAUUGUUUUAGGACUUAGGAGAAGCAGCAUCGACUCUCAUUUUUUAGACUGAUUGGCAGUACAUUUUUUCGGCAAGGCAUAGAGCGAGUUUUUUCUUAUUCCAGGAAUAGAUAUAGUAUCUGAUUCUUUUUGCGUUUAACCAUGAAUAUUCAGUAGAUGAUGAUUUCGUACUGUGUGGAGCUACGUGCACGCGAGCAGUCCCCAUCCUCAUGGAAAAUGUAAUUGUUCUAUUUGGGGCUGUGUCUUCUAUUGAGACAGUUAUGGUUUUGUUUGUUUGAGGUAGAAAUCCUGAUUUUGUCAUUAGGAUAAUACAUAAAUGAAUAAUCUUUAUUGUAGAAAGAAAUUCAUAUAUACUUCUAUAAACAAAUCUUGUUAUGGUUACAUUUGACUAUAUUAAGUGAUGUUAAUAAAAGCACUUUGCAAAGACCUAA